AUGUUCUGCUUUUUGUUACUUUCAUAUAUCUUUCUUAUUUGGUAUUUUUAUUGUUUGUUUUAUUGCUCUCUCUUUCUUUUUUCUUUUUCUUUUUCUUUCUUUUCUUUUCUUUUUACUUUCUUUUCUUUCUUUUCUUUUCUUUUUUCUUUCUUCUUUCUUUUCUUUAUUCAUUCUUAUCUUUUUCUUUUUUUCUUUCUUUUCUUUUUUCUUUCUUUUUUCUUUAUUCUUUCUUUUCUUUAUUCAUUCUUAUCUUUUUCUUUCUUUCUUUCUUUUCUUUUCUCUUUCUUUUCUUUCUCCUUUCAUUCUUUUUUCUUUUUCUUUCUUUCUUUUUCCUUUAUUUCUUUCUUUUCUUUUCAUGUUCUGAUUUAUACUAUUUUCUUUCCUCUCUUUCUUGGUAGCAUCUUUCUUUUUUUCAUGUCGUUUUCUUUCGUCUCUUCUCUCACUUCUUUCUUUCUUUUAUUAAUACGUCAUCCUUUUGAUCAUUUUCCUAGACAUUUUACGUAUAUUUCUAUAAUUUUCAUCUUUCUUUCUUUAUUUAUUUCUCUCUUUCUUUCUUUCUUUAAUACCUUUGUUUGUUUGUUUGUUUCUUUCUUUCUUUUUCUUUCUUUCUUAUAUCUGUUAUUCUUUCUUUCCAUUUUCGAUGUUCUUUCUUUCUUUCUUUCUCUCCUCAUCCAUUCUUCUUAUUUUCCACGACCUUUUAGGAUUUUUUCCCAUUUUUAUCUUAAUUCCAAAAUUAAUUUCGCUACCAACUCAUGUUUCUUCUUCCUUUCUCGAUUUCACUUCUCACAAGUGACUCUCCAGUAUUUUCAAAUCAAUCCUUUUGUCUUUCUUUUUCUAUAA